GAAUUCAGUUGCAUCGUAGACGUCGCGACGGCAGCACACGCGUCGCUCACCCACAGAGAAAACUCUGAGCAGCACACAGUAGAAUCACGCAGAUAUAGAACGCAGAUCAGUGAAAUCGCCCACAAAAUAAAAACAAACGCGACACUCGCAGCGGCGCAUCGCGAAGAAAAAUCCCAGUGUUUCCCAUGUUCGAAAGAUAAAAAACCCAAGGCCCUUGCCCAAAUGGCCGCCACAACACGUGUGUGCUCUAUAAGAAAGAAAUAACGCCGAGCCCAGAAGAACCCACUAGCCAACUAGCCAACUAGCCAAACAAACUAUCCGCAUCAAAGUAGAGCAAGUGUUGCAACAAGCAUUCCAAAUGUUGUCCUGUCUGGCGCCGUCGUCUUCACGUUUCGGCCAAGAGGAUACCAUCAUUCAGCAGAGCAUGCCCUCCACCUCCCCCUUCGCCAUGCAGUUUCCCUCGCUGGCCUCCACUUUGCUCCACCACAACCAGUCGCCGAAGCACAGCAAUCCGGGAUCCAGUGGGAUCCAGGAUGCCCAUCCCAACCAGCCAGGUGCCGCUGCAGAUGCCUUCCUGGUCAAGUGUACCCAGUGCCACAAGCGAUUCCCCGAGUAUCAGUCCCUCAGCGAGCACAUUGCCAGCGAGCAUCCCCACGACAAGCUGAACUGCGGAGCUGCCCAGCCGGAGAGCGAUGCCGAGGACGAGCAGAGCAACAUGAGCGGCAGCAGCAGGCGGUACGCCAAGUCGCCGCUGGCCAGCAACAACAACAGCAGCACCGCCAACGCCAACAACAACAGCACCAGCAGCCAGUCCAUGAACAACAACAGCGAGCUGGCCAAGAACCACAACAGUGCUAACAAAAUGUCGCCGAUGUGCUCACCUGGCUCCCUCACGCCCGGCGACCUCUUCGCCCAGCUGCAGCAUCCGCCGCCCCAACUGCCGCCCCACCUGCACGCCCAGUUCAUGGCCGCCGCCGCCUCCCUGGCCAUGCAGUCCGCCCGCACCGCCAGCUCGCCCAGCCAACAGCAGCAGCAGCAACUGCAACAGCAGCAGCAACUGCAGCAGCAGCAGCAGCAUCAAAUGGCCAUGCAGCAACUGCUGCCGCCGCAACUGCCCGGCAGCAACAGCAGCGUGGGCAGCAACUCCGCCUACGAUUUGGAUCUCAGCGCCCCACGCUCCACAUCCAGUCCGGGCUCCACCACCGGCGACCUGAGUGGCGCCUAUCCAUGCAUGCAGUGCACCGCCUCCUUCGCCAGCCGCGAGCAACUCGAGCAGCACGAGCAGCUCCACUCGCCAUGCGGACCGGCGGCGGUCAGCAAUGUCUCCCAGACCUGCCGCAUCUGCCACAAGGCCUUCGCGAACGUCUACCGCCUGCAGAGGCACAUGAUCAGCCACGACGAGAGUGCGCUGCUGCGGAAGUUUAAGUGCAAGGAGUGCGACAAGGCCUUCAAGUUCAAGCACCACCUCAAGGAGCACGUGAGGAUCCAUUCCGGCGAGAAGCCCUUCGGAUGCGACAACUGCGGCAAGCGAUUCUCGCACUCGGGCAGCUUCUCCUCCCACAUGACCUCCAAGAAGUGCAUCAGCAUGGGCCUCAAGCUGAACAACAAUCGCGCUCUGCUGAAGCGACUGGAGAAGAGCCCGGGAUCCGCAUCCUCCGCAUCCCGGCGAUCGCCCUCCGAUCACGGAAAGGGCAAGCUGCCGGAGCAGCCGUCGCUACCGGGACUACCACAUCCGAUGAGCUACUUCGCCAGCGAUGCGCAGGUGCAAGGUGGAAGUGCGGCACCCGCGCCCUUCCCGCCAUUCCAUCCGAACUACAUGAACGCGGCCCUGCUCGCCUUUCCCCACAACUUUAUGGCGGCUGCAGCUGGCCUGGAUCCUCGGGUGCAUCCCUACAGCAUCCAGAGGCUGCUGCAACUUUCCGCCGCCGGUCAGCAGCAGAGGGAGGAGGAGCGUGAGGAGCAGCAAAAGCAGCAGCAGCAUGAUGAGGAGGAGACCCCCGAUGAGCCCAAGCUAGUGAUGGAUAUCGAGGAGCCAGAGACCAAGGAGAUGGCACCCACGCCAGAGGCCACCGAAGCAGCCACUCCCAUUAAGCGGGAGGAGAGCAGGGAAGCCUCUCCCGAUCCAGAGAGCUACCGUUCCUCCUCGCAAGCAAUCAAACAAGAGCAGGAGCCCCUGAACGUAGCAGAGGAACGUCAAACUCCUGUGGAAGAACACGCCCCCGUGGAGCAUGCCGCUGAUCUGCGCUGCAGUCGCUGCUCCAAGCAGUUCAAUCAUCCCACUGAGCUGGUGCAGCACGAGAAGGUGCUUUGUGGCCUGAUCAAGGAGGAGCUGGAGCAGCACUUCCAACAGCAACAGGCCACGUCCUUUGCCUUGGCCUCCGCCAGCGAAGAGGACGAGGAAGACGAGGAGAUGGAUGUGGAGGAGGAGCCCCGCCAGGAGAGUGGCGAACGGAAAGUCCGCGUGCGAACGGCCAUCAACGAGGAGCAGCAGCAGCAGUUGAAGCAGCACUACUCCCUGAACGCUCGACCCAGUAGGGAUGAGUUCCGAAUGAUAGCAGCUCGUCUGCAGCUGGAUCCCCGAGUGGUUCAAGUGUGGUUCCAGAACAACCGCUCCAGGGAGCGCAAAAUGCAGAGUUUCCAGAACAAUCAGGCGGCAGGCGCAGCACCGCCAAUGCCCAUUGACUCCCAGGCAUCUCUAACCCGGGAGGAUCAACCGCUGGACUUGUCCGUGAAGAGAGAUCCCCUCACGCCGAAGAGUGAGAGCUCGCCUCCGUAUAUAGCUCCACCGUCGGGAGAAGCCCUCAAUCCCGAAGCAAUCAAUCUCAGCAGGAAGUUCUCCACAUCCGCAUCGAUGUCGCCGGCCUCGAUUUCACCGUCAUCCGCGGCAGCCCUCUACUUUGGUGCUGCCCCGCCGCCUUCGCCCCCAAAUAGCCAACUGGAUUCCACUCCUCGCAGUGGCCAGGCCUUUCCGGGACUACCUCCCUACAUGCUGCCCAUGUCGCUGCCCAUGGAGGCGCUGUUUAAGAUGCGCCCGGGCGGAGACUUCGCUUCCAACCAUGCCUUGAUGAACAGUAUUAAGCUGCCCGAUUACCGGGGCACCAGCUUGAGUCCCGGUGGAUCGGAGAAGCGUUCGUGGCGGGACGACGACUCGCGCAUCUCACACGAGGACGAGUUCGGCGCCGGCGUUCUGAUGCCACCGAAACCGCGUAGGGGCAAGGCGGAGACCCAUGGACACGCUGGCGAUCCCGAUCUGCCCUAUGUGUGCGAUCAGUGCGACAAGGCCUUCGCCAAGCAGAGUUCGCUGGCGCGACACAAAUACGAGCAUUCCGGUCAACGACCCUACCAGUGCAUAGAGUGUCCGAAGGCCUUCAAGCACAAGCACCACCUCACGGAGCACAAGCGUCUGCACAGCGGCGAGAAGCCCUUUCAGUGCUCCAAGUGCCUGAAGCGCUUCUCGCACUCGGGCAGCUACAGCCAGCACAUGAACCACCGGUAUUCCUAUUGCAAGCCCUACAGGGAAUAGGUAAGCGACACCUCAGUGCCGCCCACCUGCCAACCAGGAGCCAAUCCCCUAGCGCCGCCAGCGAUGGCCAGCAAUCGGGGCCGUCGUCGAGUUCAGGUUCCGGCGGGGAAUCCCCCGUACACGCCGCAUCAUCAGCAUCCCCACCAUCCGCAUCUGGCGGCCAUGGCUGCCUUCCAGCAGCAGCACCAGCAGCAGCAGCAACAGCAUCAGCAUCACAGGCUCUCCUGGAAUGGAGGUGGAGUGAUGCUGCCGCCGCCACCCAGUCAGCAGGCGCAUCGUCCGACGGCUCCACAUCCGCCUCCAUUGCUUUCUGGCUCCGGGUUUGGCCAGCCACCAGCGGCGCAGUUCUUUCACCACCAUGCGGGACUGCUGCCGCCGCCGCCGCCACCGCCACAGACCACGCCCACGUCCGCGCCCGCCUUCGACUUCUUCAAUGCGAAAAUGUUUCAGAAUUGAGCUGAGAAAGCCGAGCAAGCCGAUCAAGCCAAGCCAGCCAAGCCAGCACUUACAGGCUGUACUUAAAAACCGACGAACAGAAAAUCUCAAAAUGUGCAGGAACACACUGAAAGAAACACCCAUCCCCGAAAUGCACUUUAGAUCGACUCAGAGUCAGAAAGGCAAGAGAGAAAUAUUUUUUAUAGCCAUAUAGACAGGGGAAAUGUAAGAAGCCGUAGUUGAAAACCUUUCGUUUGAGCGAAUUUAUUAUUUUUACAAUGUUGCAACCACUUUGUUCUUAGUAUUUUAUUAGUUUAGCUUAACUUAGCUUACCGCCUAAGUUCGAGCGCAGGGCUGAAUCAUUUUGUUUGGCCCCCUAAACUCGCUUAAGAUAUCGUUUUAUCUAUUUUUUUACGCAUUAAUGUUUUAGCUUUUAGUUUGAGGAGCUGAAGAGACCAGUACCAAGUGCUGCGGAAUACUCAAAACUCGAUCGUUAGUAAAAAAAAGCCCACUCCUUGAUGGAAUGAAUGUAUAUUUUCAACGAUUGUGUAUUCUUUUAAGCUGUAACUUUUAGUUUUCGGUUAAGCCAGGCUGGGUUGACAUUGCACAACCGCUCGAAAGGAAUUUUCCACCCACAACCUCCGGACCAACACAGAAGAAGAAAGCAGAGAAAGUGAAUGAAAUGAAGAAAAUAUACAAGCAGACAAUACAACAAUACAACAAUACAAGCUACAAACCCAGAUGCAAAAGUAUUAAGCAGCGACACUGUAUUAAAGCCACCCCAUUGUAAAGUCCACGCCCACGCCGCCCCAUUCGCCCCCAUUUCGUAUAUAGUUUAUGUUAAAUGGAAAACCCACCGCUUGCCGCGCGUUUCAAGCUCACUUACUUAAGGAAAACCCCAGUCGUUCGCGAACUACGCUUUAAAUUUAAACUUCUUCCCCACUAAGUCGCGAAAUGAGCACAAAACACCUACAAGAUCAUUCCAAUUUGGCCAGAGCCGCCGCGCCCCACACAAAAGGUGCACGUCAUGCAUUUAGGGCCUCCGGCUGCCGCUUGCCACUCGACAACCCAAUAAAUCUAAAUAUAAAUCUAAAUCUAAUGCUAAACUAAACUAAUGCUAACUAAUAUUUAAAAGAAAAACUUAAUUUGGCCUUAUUACAGAUUAUUUAACGAUUAAAACGUUUCACAAUAUUCAUAUAAAACUAGCAAGUAAAGCGAAAGGAAAUCAUUUGGAAAAGUCUCGCGAAAUCUAUUAGCAAAAUUCCAUGUGCGUACUAAAUGUAAAAAUCAAAAAUCGAAAAUCAAAAAUCAAAAAUCGAAAAAGAAAAUGAAAACGAAACCAACCAAAGCCCCUAUUAACUAUCGUAAUGUUUGCCAUGACAAUAAAUUUAUGACUAAUAAUUGAUAAUGCUUUCGAUUGCCGUGCUAGCCGAGAGAAAGAAGAUGUGAAGGUCAGGUCAAAGUUCAAUUAAAAUCGUUUCUUACUCAGCCGCAGACUAUAAUUAGUUGAAGACAAACAAGGUUUCCAGAACAACGAACAUUUCUUUUUUUUUUUGAUAUCUAACUUGUCCAAGGAAUUUUCGCCCAUGAUUUUCUUGCUUUUCCAGACACGCAAACAAAAAAACGAGAGGAAGAAAAACUCACAAAAAAAUGCAUUUAAUACUUAAUUAGUUUUUAUAUUCUUGUAUUUUAACGAGGAGGAGGCCGAUCGGCGGCGAUAUAUAUAUAUAUAUAUGUGUACAUAUACAUAUAUUUUUUGUAAAUUAUUUCGCAAGAACAAAAGCUAGAGAAUCCAAAAGCAAAAGCAAAUGCAAAUGCAAACAAACGCAAACUGUUAAACUCGAGUUGGAAUAAUUCAGAUUUCAGAUACAGCCAGCACACACGUUAGCAUAAAUUUAACAAUAAUUACUAUUACACGCGUAAAUACUUAGCCUAGUUGAAUAAAAAAAAAAAAACCCUUAACAACAACAAAAUGUUAACUUAAACACUAAAAGAAGAACUUAUUUUUAAGCGCAAAUACUAUGUGGUUUGUGAUGGAUAUUUGCACUCUAGGGCCUUAUAUGAAAUACACACUAUACUACACAACACAACAUCCACGUACAUAAACAAUUGUUAGUUAUUUAAAUACGCUACACACUUAACUGCAGGAGGAUCGUUUUAUGUGCUCCCAGCCCCACGUAACCAAGUCCCCAACUUUUCCAAUUCCCCCGCUCUCUGUUAAAGUUGUUCGCCCACUGUAUGUGUAAAUAUGCGGAGCAGGAAAGUCCACUACACUUGUAUUAUUUGUUUUACUUUAUGUCCAACAAUAGCGAUCCCUAAGUUAAGCACCUCGUUGAAACGGCAUCAAAUGUUCAUUUUAUUGCUCGUCAGAGAACACCAAAAAACAAAAAACAAAAAAAAAAACACCGCCAAACAUCCGAAAAAAAAGUAACCGAGAAUAUUGAGAGAAGAAGCGAUUCAAGUAACUUAUAUUUCAAAUAUUACGCAUAAAUGUAUUUUAAUCAAAUUAAGCCACGUGGAUAAAAGCGCAUUCAUAUAAAUGAAUAAAACAAUUUUGUCUUGAU